AUGAGAACCCUUGAGUGUAAAGUGGUGUUCAGUGGCAACGAGUUGAUGUCCAGGACAGGAGCUCCAGGAAUGGCACCUAUCAUCAAGGACACCAACACCUACAAGUGUCCUCACUGUCCACACUCUACUCGUAAACUUACGGCAAUGAAACAUCACAUCAGAUCACACACUGGCGAGAAACCUUAUGGAUGUCCAUACUGUCCUUUCAGAUCUGCUCAGAAAACAAAUCUGAAGACACAUAUUCGAUUGCACACUGGAGUUUGUAGGGAAGGGCGGCUAAUAGAUAUUGAUUCAUGGACGUUAGGCGUGUGCAUCCAGUAUAAGACAUUGAAGAUGGAAACAACUGUGCCGUGGUUUUGUAUUUACCCCUGUAAAGACAUGGGCGUUCUGUUGGGUGUGGAGACUGACCGCUCUCGAGGGAGUCACAUCAUGGGAGCUCCCCUGAGCAGUGUGGGCAUCCCUGGAAAUGAAGAGAGUCACGCAGACACAGGAGAUACCCAGACCUCCUCUUUCAAGAUUCAUCGUUGCCCAAUUUGUCCAUACACGACUCCGAACGGAAAUCACAUGCAGUAUCACAUGCGGUCACAUACCGGAGAGAAGCCGUUUUCCUGCCCGUUUUGUUCCUACAGAGCUGCCCAGAAGACGCACUUGAAGACCCAUAUGCGAACACACACGGGAGAAAAACCUUAUGCUUGCAGUCUGUGUGAUUUCCGUGCAGCUCAAACGGGUAACUUGAAAAAACACAUGGCAAAGCAUCACUGUUAGUUAUCAGUAGCUCUGAAGGUGUGUAUACGUUAAUUGUGUACGCGAUUCAUAGCAGUCGUCUGCUUGCUCCCAUGAUUGUUUUGCAAGCUGCAGAAAGAAGUCGAUUUAUGAAGUGACCAGUGUUGAGUAAGAAAAUGUGUUAUUGAACGGUCUAGCUUUUCUUUCAGGAAGUUAAUCCAGAGUCUAGGAAAGAAGUUCACUUUAAAUGUUUUUGGAAGAUAUGUAUUCGGUGAUAGGCCGUCAUACAUCAGUCAAUGUAGGAUGUAGUACUAGAAGGAGUACCUAGGUUUUAUUAGAAAUGGAAACGCAUGUAAGUGUAUGACAACUUAAACCGUAAGUGCAUAUGCCAUGGUCUACCUCGCUGUAUGUCGGCCUUAAAAAAAUCUGAAAAUUAAAGGGUAGUAAUUUACUUGCAUUUUAGUGAUCCUUUGCUGUUUUUAAAAAGAAUAUCGCUAUAAGGAAUCCUGUAUACUUCUAGUAUCCUUCUU